AUGGUUUUGGCUUCUUUAACAGAUGAAAAGUUUCAAUCGCUUAUCAAUGAAGUUUUUCAUGCGAAUUUCGCGCAAUUUUAUGGUUCAGAAAAUUUAGUCGCCAAUGGAAGCUUUCCAAACUCAAAAGCUUUGCUUCAAUUUUACAAACAAUUUAAUUUCAAUGGCUUGAAUUCUUCACCUACAUGGUUUAAGAUUAAUGAUUUAUAUGAUAAGCUGGGAUCACCUUUGUCAGAUAUCGAAAAAAAACAACAACUGGGUCAAGACGAGCUAGAAACUUGA